UUGUUACAGUUAAGAAUUUGCUGUCGACAGCGUAACUUUAUACUCUUAAAACCGUGUAAAGUGGUCGUCAAGAGGCUCAGAGGCAACAUUAUAAUAAUAACAAUAAUUGAAGUUGCUGGUAUUUUUUUCUACUCAUGAGCAACAAAAUAUCUGUUUAUUGGAAAUAUCUCAGCUAUUUGUUCAUGUUCCUUCAUUACUAUGAAGCCCAUUAUUAGAAACUUUACUUCUGCAGAUACAUGAUUCUUUUUCUUUGUGAAUUCUUGUGCAAAGAUGAAUGUUCAUUAGUGAUUGUGGAGGGACAAGGAGUAAUACACGAAAGGAGACUGUUUUAUCAGGAUUCACAGUGACAGUGAUAAACGGUGAAAUUUAAGUGUGGGUUAGUUUUUAAAAAAAACCUUAAACUGGCUGUUCAAAAGAAAAUCAGUACCGUGGCUGAGACAAGUAAGAAGAAACGGUGUACCCCGUCUCCCACUGAUUUUGGGUCAAUUAUGGCCCCAUCAGCUUCCUUUUUGACGUGGUCACCAAUUUUUCUGCCACCAUGGGGCCCAACAUUCUUACCAGCGGCCUUUUAUCCCGGAGCUCUCAGAUCCGCUUUACCAGGGAUUCUGGACAGUAUGAAAAAUCGACCAUCAUUUCAAAUCAGCGACAUACUGGGACUUCAGCCCAAGGAUGGCAUCACGGAUUCAAAUGGCAAUCAAUCAUCUCAUCACACAUCAUCCCUUCCUCCCCAUCCACAUCACAAUGGUCUCCUGGAUCCCGUGCCUGGAACCUUCAUUCCACCUUCAGCAAAUGGGACAAUCUUCGGUGAAUCUGGACACUCACAUUACCAGAACAUGUUUCAUGCAGCCACUCGUUCCUGGGCCACCCCUUUAGACAGCAAUAAUGAUCAGUAUGGCAUUCCACAGCAAGCUAGUCCAGACAGUACGUCUCCUGUCGCGUCGGAAUUGUCCUACACACCUCUGGGAGCUUGCUCUAAUUCAUCGAAUGUGGCCGAUUCGUCCAAUAGCAAAAUUAUCAAUCUGGACGAAGCGUCCCAGCAACAAAAUCACAAUACAACAACUAGUCACAUGGCGGAGGAAUGUGGUGAGGAGGAAAUUCUCGAGGAUCAUGACGAGGUGGGUGAUCUGGUGGGUGCACAGAACACAACGGGUGCUCUGAAGAAACGGAAACGACGCGUCCUGUUUUCUAAGCAACAAACAUUUGAGCUGGAGCGACGGUUUAAACAACAACGAUAUUUAUCGGCACCUGAACGAGAGCAUCUCGCUAGUUUGAUAAGGCUGACACCGACUCAAGUAAAAAUCUGGUUCCAGAAUCACAGGUACAAGACCAAGAGGGCACAGAGCGAAAAGGGUGCUCUAGACGGUUAUCAGACCCAUCCACCUACCACAAUGCAAUCCCCACGACGAGUAGCCGUUCCUGUGUUAGUUCGCGAUGGUAAACCCUGUCUAAAUGGAUCCAAACAUCAAGACCCCACCUCCCAUCCCAACCCCCACAUGGUGCUACCCCAUGCAGGUUAUCAGCAUCACACCCUCAUCCCGCAUGCCCAGAACCCUGGUCGAGGGGUGUGGUGGUAGAAGCCUAGGUCUGGACCUAGGACAUCGCCCAUCAACUCCACUUCGCAGGAUCCACAACUUAGGGAAGUAGAUUAACUGCAUUCAAUUUUACUGCUAUAUCUACUUAAUUGUAAAUAUGUGCCCCCUAUUCAGACUUGCAUCAAAAUUCAAUCCUAGUACGAAUUUUAGCCUAAUUUUCCUCUACACUGAUAAUUUUGUUUGAAAAUAGAUGUUCCAACUUUCGAUCUAAAAAAGAACUGGAUUUUUGCGAUAGAAAACCUAGAUUAAAUGCUAUUUAAAUUCCGAAACGAAAUUAAAUCAUCAACUAAUGUCAUAAUUAAUUUAGCGUUAAACGUUAAAAUUUAAUUUGCAAAGACAUAAAUUUUACAGUUUAUGUGCCAAUUUAACAGUUUUUUAUGAUAUCUAGAGUUUACUGACAUCUACUUUUCUCCUAAUUUCUGGAAUUAUUAUUGACAAAAUAAUCCUCUGUUAAUAUGUAAAAUCGAAUAGCAAUCGAUUGAAAUUAUGGAAGAAUUUUUACCCCUAUUGAGUGACUGUUGAGAGUAAAAAUGUGAAAGUACUCGUAAAGCACAAUCCAUAAUAUCAAGAAGAAAAACAUAUUUCCCAAAUAAAUGUUUGCGUGUAUUUGUGAAUCCACCCUCUAAAUUUAUGAAUUUCCGCUCAUCAAUAAUACCACUUUUCCGGUACUUUCGAGAACCAGCACACUCACUUUUGGACAAUUCACUUUCAUUUUCUGCAUUGCUCCGAGAGACCAUUUGUGGAAUGGGUGAAUAAAAUUGAGCAAUGUAGGGAUUGUGUUCUAAUUCAAGAUAAUUUAUUAGUGGUAGAAGGGAAGGAUAUUUCACAAAUCUCUUUACCAAUUUAACUCUUCAGUGAAUUGCAAAUUGAAUUUUAAAACAGAUGUUUUAUUUUUAAUUCAGCAAUAGUAAAUUUUCACAUCCUGAAAAAAUCCAAAAAAUCAUUCCUUAGCAUCUAAUAUACAAUAUUACGAAUAUUAAGAAAAAGAAUUGUAAAUGAAUUGAAAAUAAGUUAAAAUAAAUUGUUUAUUGUAUUAGAUCCUACAGUUAGAAAUAUUUAAUGUGAAUAGAUAAUGUGAGAAGACAGAAAAUAAAGAAAACAAAAAAAUAAUUAUUUAUUGCGAUUUAUUAUAUGAAUUUAGAGCAAAUAUAAACGUGAAAAUUAA